AUGCCUUCGGCCAUCAGAGCAUUGGAUGAAUUGGUAGUCAACAAAAUCGCAGCUGGCGAGAUCAUUGUGCGACCCGUAAAUGCUUUGAAGGAGAUGAUGGAAAACUCAAUUGAUGCCGGUGCAACGUCUAUUGAGGUUCUGGUUCGCGAUGGAGGUCUCAAAGUACUACAGUUGACCGAUAAUGGAUCUGGAAUCAACAAAAAUGACUUACCAAUUUUAUGUGAGCGUUUCACAACAUCUAAACUUGCUGCUUUCGAAGACUUGCAUUCGCUCCAGACCUACGGAUUUCGAGGCGAAGCACUGGCCAGCAUAUCCCACAUUGCUCGGGUCACUGUUACAACCAAAACGCGAGACGAAGCUUGUGCAUGGAAAGUGUCGUACGCGGCGGGCAAGAUGUUGGGGACCCCCAAACCCACAGGAGGACGUGAUGGCACGGUUAUUCUCGUAGAGGAUCUGUUCUAUAACGUACACUCGAGAUUGCGUUCUCUGAGAUCUUCAAACGAGGAAUUUGCCAAAAUCAUAGACUGCGUGGGUCGUUACGCCAUCAACGCUUCUCAUAUCGGUUUCUCAUGCAAGAAGUUCGGUGAGGCACAGUUUGCUUUGUCCAUCAAGGCAAGCGCUACAACAAGAGAAAGAAUACGAGCUGUUUUUGGUCGCGCGGUAGCUGAGAACUUGGUAGAGCUGAACAUAGCUGAAAAUGCAGAAAUUGGCGUAUCUGGACGAGGUCAGGUUAGCAACCUGAAUUUUGUGAGCAAGAAAGCCGUUUCUCCGGUACUGUUCAUAAAUAACCGGCUGGUCACUUGCGAUCCAUUGCGACGUGCCAUGAAUCAGGUAUAUGGCUCCUACCUGGCUAAGGGCAAUAAGCCGUAUAUCUUUCUCAGUCUCAGUGUACGUCCGGACCUAGUUGACGUUAAUGUCCACCCAACAAAGCAAGAGGUUCGCUUUUUGCAUGAUGAAGAGAUCAUUGGGCUGGUGGCGAAUCAAUUAGAAGACGCUUUGGCAAGCGUGGACACUUCACGCUCUUUUAAAACUACAUCAAUAUUCACACCCAAUCCAGUAUCCGUUAGAGAAGGCCUAGGGCAGCCGCAUUCUCAUUUGAUCAACAAUAUGCCUAUUGCUACUAGCGUGAGCAAGAUCAAGCGUCAAGAAAACAAAAUGGUGCGGAUAGAUUCUUCGCAGGAUAAAAUCACCAACUAUCUGAAGACUUUUGAUCACAAUCCAGAUUUUGUGCGGAAUGCUGGCGAUACACAAGCUUCACAGAAUGACUCUGUCAAGAAACCACCGCAUUCAGCUGCUCACGAAAACGAAAGCAACGAUCCUGUGUCGAACAGCCGAAAUCUUUCGUACUCGGUACUGAGAAAAGAGCGGACGGAGGUCAAUCUGGCGAGUAUCAAAACUUUAAGAAGAAUGGUUGACGAUGACACUAAUACUGACCUCACGAAUGCUUUUGCUAAUUUGACUUACGUGGGAAUAGUGGACGAACAGCGAAGACUGGCCACAAUUCAACAUGACCUAAGGUUAUAUCUGGUUGACUAUGGUUCAAUCUGUUAUAAUCUGUUUUACCAGAUCGGACUCAUGGAUUUCGCCAACUUUGGCAAAAUCUAUCUAGGUUCCGAAGAUGGUGAAGGAAUCUCGAUCAAGAAGACUCUAUGCGAUACGCUAAGUGCUAACGAAAACUUCCUACCGUCGUUAUUGCAGAAAUUAUGGGACAUGAAAGAUAUGCUGGACGAAUAUUUUUCGAUAGAGCUUAGUGGUGAUGAAGGUAAUCUGGAUUCCAUCAAGAUCACAAGCUUGCCAUUAUUAUUGAAAGGCUACAUGCCUCCUUUAUCGAAACUGCCGUAUUUUCUUUACAGACUGGGCACCAAAAUCGACUGGUCUGAAGAGAUGUUAUGUUUGAAGGGCAUCUUGAUACAGAUUGCUCUUUUGUACGUUCCGGAAAUUAUAGAACGAGUAAAUCUUGCUGAUGACACGGUAGAGAACGAUGCGCGGGUCGCAUACGUUACGAAAUUAGAUCUGAUGACCACUACUCUAGAACAGACAAUCUUUCCCUGCAUCAAAAAGAGGCUCUUAGUGCCCAAUCACUUGAAAAAAAGUGUUGUUGAAGUGGCAAAUUUGCCCGGGUUGUACAAAGUCUUCGAACGUUGCUAA